AGCAGAUAUUCACCCCUGGAUUGACGAAAUGGCCACUGGAGAAGAAGAGCUUUAUGUUCGAUAUUACGUCGGCCACAUUGGCAAGUUUGGACAUGAGUUCCUCGAGUUCGAGUUUAGGCCGGACGGCAAACUACGAUAUGCCAACUCCUCGAACUACAAAAACGACACUUUAAUCCGAAAGGAGGUGUACGUUAGCCCAUCGCUGAUUCAGGAGUUGAAGAGAAUAGUCACCGACAGUGAGAUCCUAAAGGAGGACGACAAACUGUGGCCUGUUCCAGACCGGGUUGGACGACAGGAGCUUGAGAUCGUGAUGGGCAAAGAACACAUAUCAUUCACCACGGCAAAGAUCGGCUCCCUCGUAGAUGUCCAAGAGAGCAAGGACCCCGAAGGACUACGGGUGUUCUACUACCUAAUCCAGGAUCUAAAAUGCUUGGUCUUCUCACUGAUCUCGCUACACUUUAAGAUUAAACCCAUUUAAUGGUUUGGAAUUCGCUGGCUUCUGCUCAACUGCUCCCGAGGCGGAUUGUAUGUAGUUAUCCUGUGAGAUGUGAGGGGAGAGUAUAAAUAAAUCUUUGUGACCUAUCAUGCGUGCAACAACUCCUGUGGUCGCAGACAUACCACGA